AUGAGUGGUGAAACCAUUAUCGCAUGUGCAUCCCCGACGGUGACUGUGUCGGGCUUGAGAAUACUGCAGACUGGUGGAGAUGGGUCCAAGCGCGGCAGGAACAGCGCAAGAUGCGUUGAAGUGUUUCAAGGAGACCUCACGCUGGAACGCUGCUCCGUCCAAAGCCAGGCAGGAAGCGGCGUGAUCGUUGCUGACUCGGGAGUGGCGACUCUACGGGAGUGUACUUUCCGUGGAUGCGGGAAAUGCGGCUUGCUGGUCUUUGACGGGGGGAGCUUGAAUUGCAGCGACAGUGUGGUGUCAGGCAACGGGCUUUAUGGCAUGGUCGUACAGAACGGCGGGUCAUCCGUGGUGGAGGGAAAUCGAUUCGGAGGCAACAAGCAUGCCGGCAUCCUCGUCCAUGGGAAAAACUCAGUCUGCUCGAUCCGCGCCAACGAUAUCUCGACUAACGGGGAGAUGGGAGUCGGCGUGCAGAGUGGAGCCGAGGUUCGAUUAGAGAGGAAUCGGAUCACAGGUAACAUGCAUGCCGGCCUCUUCGUGGAUGGAGAGGGAAGCAAAGCAUCUGUCAAGGACAGCGAGCUGCAGGAGAAUGGCGUGCGAGGCAUCGGAGUUCAGAGUGGAGCUGAAGUGCACGUGCAGGGGAGCAGAGUUAGCAACAACACGCAGGAAGGGCUCUUCGUGUCCGGUACAAGGUCCCGAGCGACCAUGCAAGACAACGACUUGAUGAGCAACGGAACCAAAGGGGUGGGGGUUCAGAGCUCGGCGAACGCGGUCUUGAUCUCCAACCGCAUCGUCAAGAACCUGGAGGAAGGAGUGUUCGUCUCGGACGGCGGCUCGCAAGCGACAAUCAGAGACUGCAACAUCAUAGAGAACGGCAUGAAGGGGGUGGGAGUGCAGUCUAGCGGCCAGGCAGACAUCGACGGGAAUUUGAUCCACAAGAACCACAGGGAAGGAGGGGUGGGCAUACAGGACGGUGCUGACGUGGCGGUGGAAGGAAAUCGGAUCACAGGGAACCAGUACGUGGGUGUGCACGUGUACGGAAACCGCUCGCGUGGGAUCGUGCGAGAGAAUGACAUCCGAGACAACAGCCUCGCCGCGGUGGUGACGGAGAACGGAGGUAUCGUUCAGUCGGCCGACAACCGCAUCGAUGGC